UGUAAACUGCAGCCGAGGGAAGCUAAGUGCGAUGUCGGGCAGAAGAUAUCGGCGGCGUUCCGAGGAAUCCAACUCGACGUACCGACGAGAUAGUUACGACGACAGUCAGGCGGCGUACAGUCGACUGAAAUGCUGGAAGUGUGGUAAGGUCGGCCACGCAGCCAGAUUCUGUAACCGCAUCACUGAUAAAGAAGAGCUUUACGAGAUAGACCGUAUUGACCCGGGCAUCAAGUUCAAACUGUUCAAGUUCUCUCCAGUCAAAGUCACUACUCCUGGUACUUUGUGCGGGGACUGUAAAGCUAAGAGUAAAGAAUCUGAUGAUUCAGAAACGAAAGAAGAGGAAGAUCCGUGCAAAUGCACGAAACGUGACCCAGAACACAAACCAAUUGACGAGUUUAAAGAUCUCAACUUAGAUAGGAAGUUGCUUGGGAACAUAACAGACAAGAGUUGCUGCAAUUUUGAGGUUCCCACCCCGAUCCAGCGUUAUGCUCUUCCCAUAAUCAGCGAGGGGCACGAUGUCAUGGGGUGUGCCCAGACUGGUACAGGUAAAACUGCAGCUUAUAUCAUCCCGAUGGUGAAAUUCAUCAAAGAUGGAGGGUACAAGAAGAAACCUGUGACUCGCGAAUCACCUCAGAAACCAGAAGUUCUGAUUCUAGCCCCGACUAGGGAGCUUGCUACCCAGAUAGAGAAAACAACGAGGAAGCUAACCAAUGACAUCGAGCCUAGCUGUGGAGUGUGUGUUGUUCACGGAGGACUUGGGACUAAUAGGAAGCAACAAUUGGAUAGAGUGAGGAAUGGGUGCAAUAUUUUGAUAGGGACAACCGGUCGAGUGAGACAGCUUAUUGAAGACUUCACGAUAAGUUUAGAGAACAUCAAGUUCUUUGUAUUAGACGAGGCAGAUAAGAUGCUGGAUAUGGGAUUCGGACCUGACAUAGAUCUGAUAAUUGACAGCCGUAAGACAGACAUGCCCUCCACCAAACUGAGACAGAGCCUUCUCUUCAGCGCCACCUUUAGACCUGAUCUCCAGAAGGUUGCGAGGAAGUCUCUCAAAACGAAGUACAGACUGAUAGAGGCAGGGGAGAUUGGUUCUGCGCAACCUAACGUCACCCAGAACUUCGAGCUGGUUGAUAACUACAACCAGAAACUGUGGCGGUUAAAAGAGAUUCUGCUGGACCUGCUGGUAACUGCUGAGAAAUCCUUCCUCAAACACAAGUGCUGGGAACACGAGCAGGGCAGCAAUCACCCAAAUAUAGGAGAUUACAUCCUUCACAUGCUAGGAAGCUGCUCUGACAAGAAAAUACUUGUUUUUGUCAACACAAAGAAAUCCGCUAGAGAGAUAGCGUACAGUGUUUCGGAGUAUAUCUACGAUCAAUGCAAAGGUCGGUUCCGGAAGAAGUUCCGUGACCUUUACUACGUGGAGGAUGAUGCCGAUCUUAUCGAGAACUUUGGAGCGAUAUAUUUGAGCGGGGAGCUGUCACAACCUGAACGUGUUCAACAUCUGAACGCGUUCAAGGACGGAGUUUACCCGAUAAUGGUUUCAACUAACGUGACAGCUCGAGGGAUAGACAUAGAGGGGGUAACGCAUGUCAUGAACUUUGACUUACCCUUGAGUCUGUAUAGUAAUCCUAAAUUUCACGAGCACGACGCCACUGCUCUGAGAGAGGGUCGGAUCAGCAAGAAGCCGAUCAGAGAUCAGUUUGAAGAGUAUAUCCACAGGAUAGGGCGGACUGGUCGAGCAGGAAACACUGGAACAGCUAUAACGUUCUUCCAGCGAGAUAUUGACCAUCACCUAGCUAUCCCUUUAGUCAGGAUGCUGAGUAAAGCUAAACAGGAUGUGCCGGAAUGGCUUGAGGAAAUUGCAGGGAAACCAAGUGGUGGUGGUGGUGGUGGGAACAAAGGAGGGAGAGGAGGAGGAGGAGGAGGAACAGGGCAGACACCAGUGAUUGGGGUAAAUGAUUGGAACUAUACCGAAGGUAUUGGGGCUACUGAGUUGUGGGGAAAUGAAACUUAAUAUUAAUAAUAUUAAUGAAAUGUUCGCUUUGUGAACUGUUAUCCCUCAUUUAUAGCAAUCAGUGUCCGAAGAUUUGUUUAAAUGCCACUGAUUAUGAUUGGAGUAACUUGUUGGAAUCUUAGAAUUGCUGGAACUUUUUAAUUGUUUUAGAACUUUUGACCUUUAUCGUAAGAAGCGAUUUGUGUAUAUUAGGGUUGCCAGUCUGCGCGACUUUGAAUAAAUAGAAAGA